CUCCUCUACUGUGAAGGCAGUAUAUAACACAGGGCAGCCUGCUGCUCUCACUUCAUUUUAACAGCAAAGGAGUCUGGGUCACAUCCCGAGGGGGAGGAAAACGCCGCUGAGUAGAGAACACCGGACUCGGCGAGGAAGCCGCCAUGAAGCCGCUUUGCCUGUUGCUGCUGCUCGCCAGUGCAACCGCCGGCAUCCCCCUUCACGAGUCCUCGGGUGGCGAAAUGCAGCCGGGUCGGGACCCGGCCUCCCAGGCCCUCACCACGGCAACAAGCCCGACCGAGGAAAAGUCCCGCUUCGCCAUGCUGGACGACGUGCGUCUGCUCGCCAACGGCCUGCUUCAGCUGGGCCAGAGCCUCCGAGAGUUUGUCCACAAGACCAAGGGCCAGAUCAACGACAUCCUGCAAAAGUUGAACAUUUUCGACCGCUCCUUCUACCAGCUGUCGGUGGUCACGUCGGAGAUCAAGGAGGAAGAGGAGGAGCUGAAGAAGACCACCAAUGUCUUGAAGGCCAACAAUGAGGAGAUCAGGAACUUGUCGCUGGAAAUAAACUCCAAGAUCAACGGCAUCCUUCAGGAGCGCACGCAGCUGCAGAGCAAGGUGGGGAACCUGGAGGAGCGGCUAAAGGGACUAUCACAGAGCUUCAUCCCCGUCGAUCAGCUUGUGGAAAUCUCCACUCUCAAGGAAGUGAUUGAAUCUCAAGAGAAAACAAUUACCAAUCUGCUGGAAGCUGUGAAGGAGCAGCACGACCAGCUCGACAACCAGAAAACCAAGAUUAUACACCUGGAGGAAAAGCUAAGCUAUGACAGCUUCCAAGACACAGUCGAUAAACCAAUGGAUUUAGAGCCUGCAGCGCCUGAUAUGUUUGAAUAUCUGACAGGAAACUCAACUGACCUGGACGUCAAUGACCUCUCAGUGGACUGCAGUGAGUUGUUUAACAAAGGAGAAACAAAAAGUGGAAUCUAUGUCAUCAAGCCAAACCAAUCAGAGCCGUUCAAUGCUUACUGCGAAAUGGGUUCAGAUGGUGGUUCCACGGUCAUCCAACGCAGGGCAGAUGAUUUAGUGGACUUUGACAAGACGUGGGAAGAGUAUGAGAGAGGCUUUGGAGAUCUGGAAAAGGACUUCUGGUUGGGCUUAAAGAAGAUCCAGAGCUUCACUCAGCAGGGAGCUUACAUCCUGCGUAUUGAUUUGGACGACUGGAAGGAGGGGAAGCACUGGGCUGAGUAUCGCUUCUCGUUGGAGGGUGCGUCCAAGGGCUACACCCUUCAUGUCAGCCACUUCUCUGGUGACCUGACUGAUGCCAUGGCCAACAGAACCGGCACCAGGUUCUCCACCAAAGACAGAAACGAUGUCAACCAGCGGAACUCCAACUGCUCUCGCAGACACACGGGUGGUUGGUGGUUCAACGCUUGCAGAGAGAACAGCCUUAAUGGAAGGUACCUGUGGUCGAGGGCCAAAGGACGCUCCAUGAGUAGGAAGGGCAUCUACUGGAAGCCUGGCCCGGGGCCCUCAUAUUCCCUCAAGACAACCAAAAUCACCUUACGACCAGACCCUAAUGCCCCGGGCUUCAACUGAAUGCCACAGGGCCUCCCUUUUCUGACAAAGCCACUGACAUUUUCACAAACAUUGAUCAAAUUUAACGCUCAGCCAAAAAGUGAAGCAGCACCGACACAUUCUCAGUCUAUCUGCACCAUUUAGUUGAUUGCCUGCAAACAGCAUUUUGUUGGAGGAAGGUGCUGACCAAACGAUUUUCUGAAAAUUGCUGAACCGCCGCAGUGAUGCAACCAUGCCACGCAGGUCAUUAACCUAUCGGGUAUAAUCAAGCAAGGACAGUAGAAUUGUCAUUAUGCAACAUCUACAAUCAUUUGCAAAAUGGAAAUAUUGAUCAACAUCCGCAAGCCGACUCAGUGCUGACAGCAAAACGCAACAGUGCUGCAGUGGUUGAGGAAACUAUGAGGAGAGACCACAAAGCGGUUAUUAAAACGUUACUAACUCCAACAGAGAACUUGAAUGUACACAACGGAUUCUAUGUUGACAAAGCUAUUUGAAUGGCAUAUUAUCUUUGUGAUGUGAAACCGUUUCAUGUUUCCAGGGGGCAUAUGUACCAACAGGUUAUUAUAGCAAAUUAUACAAGUCAAUGAUGAAGAGAAAUACGGCAUUUCCAACAUGUCAAAAGGUGUCCAUACUGGUGUAUUCUUUUUCCAAUCUGCGCAGUUUUUUGUAUUAUACUCCGAAUCAUCCUUUCUUCUUCAUGGAAAACAAUCCACAAAGCGAAGGGAAAUGUCAUCAGUGAAAUACUCUGCAAAACUGGAGACAGAAAGCUUUGGCAGCACAAUGAGGGGAGAUUUUGCUUUGUUUGUUCUAUUUUUUUUUUACUUUGUAAAGUAUUUAAACAAUUUCAUGCUAUUAUUUGACUUCUGCUUGUAUUGUUAAAAAAAAACACAUAAUUUCUGUAUAUUUCCAGAUUUAUUGAGUCAUAUUGACUCUUGUCCAUUAUUACAAUAUAGCCAACUCUACUGUAAAGGUGCCUCGUACGAAUAUGUCAACCUAAUAAGUAGUUAUAUGCUCUAUCAAAACUUAUUUAUGAAGUAAAAAUAAAAAUGUUAUCUAAAUGACUAACACAGCCUUGUUUUUUAUGUGUGUUGAUGCAUAACUGUAUUGAACCUUUAUAAAAUGUCAGAGGAUAAAAAAGUGUUGUGUCCUGGUAAUCUCGUUCAGGUUAUCAAUGACCUCAGAGUAUAGUCCACAUACAAAUGGAAAUAAAAUGGAAGAAUUAGCCUUAUGAAAAAAA